AGCAGGGUCCCGUCAAAAAAGAAGAAAUACAGGUUCCUACUGCAGCCUUACACAGCGUAGGAAUUUCCAGCUUGUACAAAUCAGCUCCCAGAUUGAAAGAAGUGAGAUAUAUAAAGCUGGAAAUGUCUGCGUAUUUUAUCUCAGAUGGUACCUUUCAGAAUUUAAUAGGAUUGUCCACCUGUCUGAAGAAACCUUUAAAUAUCCUGGAAUAUGGUGGAAGCAGUACUGAUAGAUAUGUUCAGCCUCCCAGCCAACUUGCAGAACAACAUCCAAAGAUUACUACACAACACUCUGGAAGCUAUUGAGAAAUGUUCUGCCAUCCAUGCCCCAUGUGUUUAUGUCAUGUGUUGCCAGAGGCAGGGGAGUGAAAGGAAAGGUGAGCAAGAGUUCUUGCUUUCAGCUCUCAGAAGUUUUCAGAGUCUGAAGAGGAGACUGGAGGUGGUAUGUGCUCAGACUACAGCUGCUGCUUUGUACACCGUCAAACAGAGACUGGAUGAAAAUGACCUGAGCAUCAUUAAAGUUAUUCUCCCUACCUUAAGAAAAGACUUAAUGAAAGUAUAUAUAGACCAUCUCUUUACAGCAGUCUACCAGUUUGAAUUUGAGGAUUUAGAGGUGGUAUCUGACUGUGAAAACCUGCAGCUAUCUGAACAUCAGCAUGAAGGGCAAACACUUCUUUCACAGAACGUGGCACUCAUCCACAGUGAGAUUCAGAUGUACUUGGAAAGCCUGCCAAGUCUGAAAGGGGAGCUCACCAUCCUCAGAUCUUCCCUGAUCCCAGAUGAUAUUUUUUUACAUGGGUUCACCACAAGGACAGGAGGGAUCUCCUAUAUACCAACUCUAAGCUCCUGCAAUCUCUUCAGCAGCUCCAAGCGGAGGGAUCCACAAGUUGUUGUUAAAGAAAAUCUCCGCCGGCUAGCUAAUGUUGCUGGAUUUAACCCAGAGGCUUUUCACAGAGUCAAGGUUGAUCACGCUAAUGCUGUGUGUAUUAUGGGAAAGACAGAGCCUGACAACUAUGAUGGAAUAGUUACGAAUCAGAAGGGUGUCACACUGGCAGCUCCAGGUGCUGACUGCAUACCCGUGCUGUUUGCUGAUCCUGUCAGAAAAGCCUGUGGUGCUGCUCAUUCUGGAUGGAAAGGCACAUUGUUAGGAGUGUCUAUGGCCACAGUGAAUGCUAUGGUAUCUGAAUAUGGCUGUAACGUGAAAGAUAUCCUUGUGGUGCUGGGCCCAUCUGUGGGACCUUGCUGCUAUAAACUUCCUCAUGAAUCAGCAAAAGAAUUUCAUAGAAUUGAUCCAAAGUGUGUGAGACUAUUUGACUCUGCAAGUCCUUAUAUUGAUAUCAGAAGAGCAACAAGGAUUCUUCUUGAGAGAGGUGGGAUUCUUCCUGAGAACAUCCAAGAUGACUCUAUCACAGACCAGAACCAAAACAUCACUUUCUGUACUGCAUGCCACCCUGAUAAAUUUUACUCUCACUUUCGUGAUGGCAAUAACUUUGGGACACAGAUUGGCUUCAUAUCAAUCAAAGACUGAGAAAGUGUCUCUUUCUCUAGAACAGCAUUUAGAUACUGGCUUCAAACCAGAGGCUCGGGAUCCAACAGGGGCAACACUCACACUACUCUGUUUAGAGUUUCAAAGCACAUUGCUGCACACCAGGUGUGCAUGGUAUGUAUUGCAUGUAUUAUUGACUUGUUCUAAAUAUAGGAUAGUUAAAUACAGGAUAGGAUAAUUAUAUGGAUACUGACAGCCUUAUCUUGCUGCACUAGUUAAAAAAAACAACCCAAGAGCCUACCUUCACCUUUUAGUUCUGUCCCUUUGCUCUGAUUUCUGUACCACUUUAUGGAAACCAACUGACAUAACAGUGAGGUAAGGUACCCUUCUUGAAGCUAUAGGGGCAGUAGCACUACACAGCUUCCAGUCCCUGCACCUGAAGCUCAGCCAAAGCGUGUCUGUCAGUGGUGCCCUUCACCAAACCCUCUUCCCUUGUGGAUUAAGGGUAUGCCAUCAAAAACAGCUGAGUUACUUGGUUCUGCAAGGUACUUGACAGCUGAAGCAUCAUAGGGGCCCAUGUGCCUGCUGUUAUCCCAUUUCACCUCAAAGAUGGUUUAAAACUAAUUCAUUUAUCUUUGCAGUAAGUAGAAAGAUCUUGCAGUCAUGCUCCUUACCACAGUUCAAAUGGCCAACAGUAUAUUAGGUCACAUUAAUAUGCUAUUAUCACAGUAAUAUACUGUUACUGAUACUAAGCCCUGUCUUGUUCUGAUCUGCUCAAGGAUUACAAUAGAGAUUUUAUGUUUAGAAAAAUACCAUUUACAGGUCAUGGUAGGGCUAUGCAAGCUGGAGAGAACAUCAGAAUGAGCAGAAACACCAAAGGCUUCACCUUUUGGAAGACAAAUCAUUACCACAAUUGUUCUUUUUUUCCUUUUACAUUAAUUACCUAGACUGCUAACCUUUCGAGACAGGAAACAGUCUUUUGCACAUGGAUGACUGAGGUGGAAAAGUCCACAACCAAUAAGAAAAUACUGUAAAGUUCAGUCUCAAAUCAGGCUAGGCCCAGAAUCAUAGCUUCUUUCAAAAGUCCUUGCUACAAAGGCAUGGUAAUCCUGGUAUUAACAAAAAAAAAGUUUUGAGGAAGGGUAUGAUAAGAAGGAGACUAGGCUGUUUCACAUAUCUGUUUAUUUACUUUUCAUUCUUGUUGCUCACUGAAGGAGGCAAGCACAUCACCCAUGAUUCAGGGCCUCUAGAGAAGCUCUCAAAAUGCUUCAUAGAUUGUUCAAGUGUACCUAACUAAUUAUCAGGUCCCAUUUAUUACCCUAAUAUCCAUUGAAUUUAUAAGCUGCAUUUUCCCUAUUCUUGUUAUUAAAUAACAUUAAUUAUGAUAAUGGUGUGCCCUGAGGAGAGCACACAACAUGAUCACAUUGAAUAUUGGUUUUGCUAGUUGUUACUGUGCAAUUAACAUUUGUUACUAUUGUAGAUUCUCAAUAUGGGCCUCUUUAUUUACACUAUAUAGUUGAAUGAAGUGUACUAAAACAUGUCUGAGAAAGACUUUAUUCACUAUUCCAGUAAAAGAGGGCAUUUCUAGCAAGCUGUUCUGCCUGGGGAAGCAGUGUGAAAUUUCAGAGGCACAGAUCGAAGCCUGAGGUAAUUAGUGAAAUGUUUAUCCAAAUCAUGCCAAUUAUUGCUACAGGUAUGGCAAAGUGGAAAACUAUUAAAGAAAUGAGAUUAAAAAUGUUUUUAAUGCAUUUGUAGAGGUCAGUUCCAUCAGUGACUGCUGGUCUCUGUCUACUGACAACCUGAGGAGACAGGAUGGGAGCAAGGCAGUUUUGAAUUUGACAGUUGCCUUUGUGAUUGGCUACAAAUUCAGAAGCCAUGGGCCUGGAUGUUCAGCAGAGCAUUUGGACACAUCUUGACUCGCAGAAAGUAUGUAAUUCCUCCCAAAUUACAAGCAUUCAGUUACAGGAAAGCAUCUCCUUUCCCAGCAGUAACAUGGAUUUGCAAAGUGCUCGUCUUUGCACACGUUGUUUUCCUCAUGCUUAUCUCUUGUGCAUCACUGUAUUUCUGUCCAGCACCACUCACAAUUGCCCUGUGAGGUGUGAAUGUGGUCACAAGCAGCUGGAAGACACAGGUGCCAUUCUGCUCAGAGCAGCACCAGUGCUGCUUUCUUUUGUAUACUUGUGCUUUUUUUUCUUUUAGCAGCAGCGUGAGACUUUGUUCUUGGCACAGUGUCUUUAUCACUAUCCUCCAAACCAUUCCUAUUUUAUAGGUUUCCAAAAGAGCUACCACUUUCCAGCUUACAUGGCAAAUAAGUCAAUAUUCCUAGAUUCCCUCACUGCUGUCCUCAUUUCCACUCCAUGUUCAAUUUGCUGCUGGGCGAUGCAAAGAGGGAGAUGAGCUGCGCUCAUUUGUCCCGAGGCCCAGAGGGGCUGCGCGUAUGCACUUGCCUUGAUGUCAUUUGUUUGAAGCUUUUGUUCUCCGAGUACCAAAGUCCUUCCUGAACUCAGGCCUCUUGUGCAACAAUAUUAACAGGACAGUGCAGUGUCAUGAGUAGUAAAUCCUAUAUGUGACAGAGGAAAUAAUGUAUUGACCUGCUGAGGGAUUUACAUACCUCCAAAGACAGCAAGCUCUGCCUGUGAGGCUGGCUUGUUCCACUUUCCAUUUCCAGCAGGUACUAUCCAGUGCUUAAAGGUGAAUGACUUGAAUAGAUAUGUAUGUGGAUUUAAAAACUGUCCUGGUUGAAUAUGUUCUUAUAUCCAUGGUGCUAUUAAUCAUUACCCAGUGUAAUGCCUUUUUAUAAGAUACAGAGAUUUUGCUGUUGUGCUUACUUUAAAUAUACAGUGCCUGUGGCUGUGCUGCUAAAAAGCAUGAUUAUGUAUUUCCCAAAGGCAUGCAGAGAAAUAGGAAGCUAGCUUUUUUAAGUGAUGCCUCUGAUCUUUCAUUAGUAAGCGUUUAAUUUACAGUAGCAUCUCGCAUUACAAAUACUUGUCUGUCUGUCUUUGUCUGCAAGUUCUCAGGGCUGAGAGGAGAUCCACAGAAGAAUUUUGGGGGCAUGAUCUCCAAAGGACAGCAGGACUGAGUUCUCUCUCUUAUCCUUUUACGAAUGCAGCAUCAUGUCUCCAGGGCAACCUGAAUUCUGACAGUCAUGGGAGCAAGGACAUGGCAUGGAUAUUCUAUUUGAUUCCUGCAGCUGAAAAGAGAUCUGAGACAAAAAUCAAUAUGUCACUAAAAUAAGAGAGUUCUUUUUACAGUUAAUUUUAUAUAAAGGUUCAUUUUCUCUAUUCUUGUGCAAAUGUAAUUCAGAACUGCUAAAUACUGUGUUUGUUUUGUUGAUCUUUCCCCUUCUACAUGUAGCAAAGGCCCAAACAAACUGAAAUAAAUAGGUUGCAACAUAAAAAUGAGGAGUGAGCCUACCAUAAAACUGAGCAUGCAUUUUGUAAGGGAGCCUGAAAACAGUGUUCAUAUUUCAAAAUGUAUAAUUUUUGCAAUAUUUUUAAGCAGUGAAUCAUAAUUCUGGUCAAUUGAAAGUGAUUUUUCCAACAGCUGUCUGAAAUAAAUACCUUAUCAUUUCUCUUUGAGGCACUGAGCUCUAUCCUAAAGCAAUAUUGAAGCAUAUGUUGCAGCUAAAGGAAAGCAUUUCUGUUCUGCUUUGGUUAUCUUUCUUAGAAAUAGGUGAACAUGAUUUUCCUACACAAGAAUGAAUCACAAAAAAACUCAGCUGUGAAAACAAAAUUGUGACAGGUAACUCAAACACUUUCAGUCAGUUUUAAUAUGUGCUUUUAGUAAGUGCUUCAUAAAACUAUCAUUAAAGAAAACUGGGUCAUGCAGAUGAUUUUAUUUUGACUCUGUGCUUUCUUCUUUAUAUCAUCCCCAUAAAAAGCUGCAGGACAUAAAAGGUGAGUCAAUCAAAAAACUCCUUAGAGAGGCUCCUUUAGGUUUGUGGAUGUUUAUUGCUGCAUUUGAUACUUGGAUCUUACUCAGUUCCCUCAGUUAUGCUGCAACUUGGAUCCAUGGGUUCCCUCAGCACUGACACAUUCUGGCUCACGUAACUCCAUGCUAGCCAUGGCAGAAACAGAGAUUCAGAGUCGAUACUGAUGUUUAUGUUGUAGCUUUUGUUCAAAAUAUAUGUUGCUGACAUAAAUGACAUUGCAACAAAAAUAUGGUGUGAUGAUGGUGAGAUAUUUUGAGAAAAAUCUCCUGAGCAACCCUGCAUUCACUUAAUGUUUUAGGGGCUAGGUUAGCAGCAAUUUUUUGCUUUUAAUGAGACUGGGAAAGUUCAAGAUAAUUCUGCACUCUCCUUAUCUAGUAGAUGUGUUCAUCAGAGUGACAUAGUUUGGGUUUUAGAGUCUUGUCCCAUGUACAAUUAUAUUUCUCUAAUUUCCUUUAAUAAUGGCUUCUUGAGAAGGGACUGACUGUGUGUAUAUUGGUUAAGAAGUGCAAACUUCAGCUGACUCCUCUUCAUUAGUUUAUAUUACUAUUUAACAUAAAAGUCUGUUAGAAAAUACAGGCGUGACAAAAUGGGAAAGUUGGACUGCUCAAACUAAAUGUUCUUUUAGGAGAAAAAGAUUUAGACAAAGCUAGUUUCAACAUCUUCAGGAUGACAGAUUUCAAUACAACUUUUGAAGCAGCUCUUAUUUUCUACUUUGAAUAUUAGGAGUAAUCUGAAAUAAAAAUUGAAGAAGUGCCAUUGCAAGUUAAAACAAAUAUUAAAAUCUCAAUUUAUGCUGAAAAGAGCCCAUCUUCCACAGAGCUCAUCUUAUUAUUUAUGUAUAUUUAUCUGCAUGAACCAGUCCUCUUAUUUCUUCAAUAAAUAUUUCCUUCAUAGAUUGUAGAUUGUUAUAUUCCCUUCAAUAAAUGUUUAGCUAAGUUUUACAUACAAUAUUUAGCUCCAUUAGUCUUUCCUAAGAUGACCCUUCAGCUCUUAGUUCUCCAGAUUCUGCCUUAUUGAUGUCAAUUAGGUGUUCAUCAGUUUUCACUUACAUGCACUUUUAGAAGGAGAGUGACAUUUGAACUUUGUACAGAGACUUGUUGUUUUUUUUUUUCUGAUAGGCUUUCAAAGUGGUGCUUUUAGAUACAAAAAAAAAAAGCUUAAUUGAAUGACCUUGGUUUCCCUCUCUUCCCUGUUUUCCAAAAGAGUCAUAACCUAUUGCACUUCAAUUUGGAUUUAUUUUAGGCUUCCCAGCUAUAACUCAUAAUUCAUCACAUUGUUCCAGAAACAAUCUUCAUGAAGGAGGCUCAAUCCAGAAAGUGAAAAAUAGUUGUUAUUUUUGAGGCUGACAUGGAAUUUAUGGUAGGAGAGCAUUUAUAACUUAAGCAAAAACUUUUUAAGUAUCUGAGGUUGAAAAGCUGAUACUAGGAAACUAAAAUAAUAUGGAAAUAACUUCACAGUUUUGCAGGGAGAAAAAAUAUCCAUACGUGCGACACUGAAAAUUCAUUCCUUGAAUUAUAUUCACAUCAGGACUGGAUGCCUUUAUACAUACUCAUUUAUCCCUAGCAAACUGGGAAGAGGCUAGAAGGAAAGAAUGAUGUUGUUUUCCCACUCUAAUAAAUUAUAGGAGAAAAGAGGUAUACAGCAGCAAUCCUUUUAGCAAGUGAGUUAAAGAGUGCACCGGCUAAUGAUGAACCACUUUCUAUGGAGCCAAUAUCUGAGACUGAAAAAGCAGCCAGUCACUCCCUGGCUCUGCAGCAGCCUCAGUUAUACACAAACAGAAGCAGGGAACAAAAAUCUCAUUUGGGUUGCAGCUAGCCUGAAACAGAUAUCCAUGGUGAGACACUCUUGGAUACAAGAAGCAGAAAAAAGACAGCAUCAUGAUGAUAAAAACAUUUCUACACCUGCCUAUUAAAGAUUUAGUGCAAGAAGAAUUUAUCGAUGUGGAAACAUGGCCCCUACCUUAUUGUCUGAGCAGAAAGUGGUUCUGCCAAGCAUCUUCCUGUGGGUAGCUAUUCACCACAGUUGCUAAAGCUAUUGAGGCUUCUUUGUGUGGUAGAAUUCUUCCCCAGAACCUGGAAGGGUUGGAGUAUUGAAUUCUUAUAGAUUUAUUUCAGUUCUCCUCUUUCUUCAUCCCUAAUUCAAACCCUGCUACAGGCAUACCAUGCACUCACAAGCUUCCAAUCCAAGCAGGCAGGGAGAGGACCACAGUUAAUUGUGGGAGGCAGAUUAAGAUAACUGUCUGUAUUAUCUGCAUGCAGGACUCUGGGACCUUGCUGGGGCCAGAAUAAUUGCAAUGAAGGGCAGAUCUGCCCUUGCCCACUGCAGCUGUAUUUCUGAACUGAAAAUGUGGAAGAGAAGCUGCUUUCUGAUAUUUCAGUCAGCUUGGCUAACAGCCCAAUUUGGCAGACUUGGAAGAUUUUCUAUCAUAAUGUUUCUCUGAAGUAAGCUGUAAGAAUAAAUGCCAUAAUGUAUGUUUGGCUCAAGAGAUGAGAGUCUAAAUUUUGAAGAAUCUUUUCUUGUUUGUUAUGGAACAAAUCCCAAACUUGUUGCUUAGAAGUCCAGGCACCCUGCUGCUAUGAGGCCCCAUCUGAACAUCUUGAGUAAAGGAGGCAAGUACUCUCUUGUGUGAAUACUUGCUAACAUUUCUAAUCCCAGCUAUAUUAAUUACUGUGGCAGAAGUUAUUUCACAAUGGACAAGGCAGAUCGACCUCCUGAUUGGUCCUAGAAAGGCAGAGAGGACAAGGGGGAUAAAUACUGUGAAACUACUCCUUACUUGCAUGGCAGCCACUUAAGACUCUGGGCAAGGCUUCAGGCCUGAGAAAAGGUAGAUCAUGAAGAGAAAUAACCCACUUAUCUUGGGUUGUGCUAGAAACAUGUGGAAUUGGCAAGGUAGAUGUUUUGUACCCUAUCCACUGUAUAUUUUGCUUCAGUUUGUGCAGUACAAAGUUA